AUGUCGAGUGACUAUCCACCCGCCUUUGACGACACGCCAGCAACCUGGGUUGAAUCACCACCCAGUACACCCGAAUCGUACAUUACUGGAGAUGGAGGCUCGCUUCCGCCUUCUCCUGGAGGACGCGAGCGUGUUUUGCCACGAGAGCGACGUGCCUUUAGCGUAGACGCCGCGCUGGAUCGCAAGCGACAGAUUGUCGCGGAUAUAUCGUCUGCAACGAGUGGGGUAGUUGACCUGACAACAUCUGACGAGUCUCAAGAGGAAGAUAUGCGUCCGCACAAACCUUUUGGACUCAUGGGGGUCGCAGAGGCUUGGGGAACGUUUGCUACGAGCAAUCGCCUUUGGUUUCCGAUACCGCAUGCAUGGCGAGACAUUCCAGAGCUGGAAGGCACGGCCAUCUACUUCAACAAGUACCCAUCCCCAUACCUUCAACGAGCCUUCCCCAAUGUUGAGCGGAUACACGAAUUGGAGCCGUCCAUUAGCAAUCUGGAUCUUCUCCGUUGUCGGAAAAAUAUUACCACAAUCGGCGCCAAACUAUUAGCUACCCUGCGGCGAACGAUCGUCCCCAGCUCCACUAUCUCGGCUACAGACACCGAAAUCCGAAUACAGGUCGAAGAGACUCCGCCACAAAACCCAUUCCCAUCCCACCUCCUGAUCAUUGAGCAAGAUCCUCCCAUCCGUGGCGAGCGCCACCGCACAUUUGUUCCAAUUCACGACGUCGUCUUCUUGUGCUUUGUCAGUGGCAUCAAGCUUCCAGACCGGGUCCAUUCCCGACCGGUCCAAAAGGGCGGAAAGAUCGAGAUCACAGUUCCCAUAGCGCGUUUCGGGAUGCCAAGUCCUGUUCUUUUCGAGGCUUUACUCACAUGGAUGUACUCCGCGCAAGAUACGCCGAGCCAUAUGAUGUUCUUUGACAACCAUCUCGCUUAUGCAGGUUUGCCGCCAAACGCUCGACAGGAAGCGAUGAACAACCUCCCUCGACUAUUGAGGCUCCCUUUCUUACGAAACGAAGACAAGAACACGUGGGAGGAAUGGGCAAAGCAUACCGAGGGACGAAUGGCUGCACAGUGGGCUAUGACAUACACCUACGAGCGAUUAAUCAACCUAAUGAAAGAUGCAAAUCUCCAGUAUGAAAACCUCGUGUCGAUACAGAUCCACGACAAUGUCUUGGAAGCCGCGCUUCUCUUGUGUCGUAGAGUUUUGCUGAGUGCAAUGUGCCUUAGCGUCCGCGGCUCGACGUCACCAACACAAGGGAGCCCCAUACACAACUCUGUCUCAACCGCAACCCCAAUGGAGGACAAGGAAUUAACACAGAUACUCACAGAUAACGAAAUAUCAGAGCUAGUUGCUCUUGUCUCAAGUAUAAUGGAGGCAAUGAGGAGCAAGCUCGAGCUUACCCUUAACGCGAAGAGGAGAAAAUCUACUAUUUUGGAGAUUGGAUGGAGUAAUCCUAAUUUGCAGAAUGAGCAAGAUCCGUCGACGGCAGCUCCCUCAAACCCCAAGGUAGAGGAACUCGAAGUAGAAGUGGACAAGAAGCUUCAGGAAGCUCGUCCACAUGCAAUCAAGAGCUUUUCAGAAUGGCAAGAAGCAACACUUCAUCGCAUUCUCGAGGCUAUUCACAAGCAUACUGGAGGGAACAGAGUUGCCUCCAACCACGUGGAGAUCGUAGAUAGCGCGCCAAAUACCACCGAACAAGAUGCUCUCAAGCACUGGUAUCCAAGCUUCGACACUCGCCUCGCCUCUAUGCUUGAUACCCACACGGCCUCUCUGACGCUUCAUUCACUCCUUCUGCUCGCAAUAUCCCUCGAGAUAUACGAUCCUCGCUCCCGAACACUUCUCCUAUAUGUCUGCAGCUCGCUAAGAGUUCCAGUUUCAGUACUGUUGCGGCAAGAGUCUGGCACGGCACGGUUCCUACUGGCGUCAGUAGAUUCAAAGCAACAGCAACAGGCAACACUUGCUCCUACGAGUCAAAUGUCGGCCGAUUCGUAUGUGCAGCAAAGGGCCGAUGCCACUCAGACUUCUCGGCGGUGGAAAGUGGGUUUAGCUACAGUCGGUGGGGCGGUUCUCAUCGGAGUCACUGGAGGACUCGCAGCUCCACUUGUAGCUGCGGGACUGGGUACUCUCCUUGGAGGAAUAGGACUGGGCGGAACAGUCGCAGCUGGCUACCUUGGCGCUAUGGCCGCUAGUGCACCUCUUGUUGGAGGAUUGUUUGGCGCAUACGGCGGCAAAAUGUCUGGGGAAAUGAUGAAGCGAUACGCCGAUGAGGUCGAAGAUUUUGCAUUCCUCCCCCUACAUCCAAAGCUAGAAAGCAAACUUCGAGUCACCGUGUGCAUCUCUGGGUGGCUUACACAGGAUGAUCAAGUGAAGAGCCCUUGGAUGACGUUUAACGACUCAGCCAAUGUCUAUGCGUUGCGAUGGGAAAUGAAGGCCCUGCUCGAACUCGGGUCUGCGAUCGAGACGCUUGUGCGACAGUACGCUAUUGGGUACAUCAAGUCUGAAAUCAUCAAACGAACAGUUCUUGCGUCUCUAUGGUCGGCCCUGUGGCCACUAGGUCUCCUCAAAUUCGCCCGUAUCGUAGAUAACCCCUUCAAUGUGGCAAAAAAUCGUUCUGAGAAGACCGGUCUCAUACUUGCAGAUGCCAUCAUUCAUCGUGCCCAAGGAAAGCGACCUAUCAGCCUCAUUGGAUUCUCGCUUGGUGCGAGGGUGAUUUACAGCUGUCUACUUAGCCUUGCAGAACGAAAGGCUUUUGGACUGGUAGAGACUGUCGUCCUGAUGGGCGCCCCGGUACCAAGCGCAACAGAGACCUGGACACUGAUGCGUGCUGUAGUCAGUGGGAGACUAGUCAAUGCGUAUGCCUCGGAAGAUUGGGUGCUCGGCUUCUUAUAUCGGACGAGUGCCAUCCAGCUUGGCGUGGCUGGGCUGCAGCCAAUAGAGGGCGUCGAAGGAGUGGAGAAUUUUGACGUUGGAGAUGUCAUUGAUGGCCAUUUGAGCUACGCUUACAGCACGCAGGCUAUUGUUACUCGGGUUCCACUCGAGGCAGCACCGGCUGCAACGCUGGCGUUUCUGUAUCUUUUGUUGGCCAUCUUCACCCUGACGUUCAAACCGUCACCAUUCAUCCUCAACACGCGUAUUUUGCUCUGUUCAGCCUCAUCUUACUGGUUCUGGAGAUUUGGAUUCACGUACGACGUUCCGACCCGUCUCGUUGAGUCUGGUGUCGCGAUCAUCUGCGCGUAUGGAAUCUUCCGCAACAUUGAAACAGGCUUUGCGUACCUGUUAGAACCAGUUCCUAGAUGGAUUAUCAACGGAGAAACGCAAAAGCUGCCAGACACAUUUGUGUGGCGUGUCAUCUGGAGCCUUGAUCUCCUCUUCAGCAUGCGGGGCACAAGUUACCUCCCAAAUACCCACUGGAACUUCGCCCCGGCCUCGCUCGUCUCGCCUAAGCACCGUAAGACACGGCUCACCUUCUUUCGACAAAAGUUGGCCUCGCUUGCGGGCCAGUUUUUGCUCCUCGAUUUCAUUGACACGACUGUCAAGGCUCGAAAGUGGCCCACGAUACCCGAUACAAUGCACCCUAUCACCUCUCUCCCGCUCCUCGAGCAACUUUACUUUGCGACGGCAGUCUGUCUCACAACUGCACUGUCCAUUUCGACCCCCUAUAACACCCUCUCGAUUAUAAUGGUACUAUUUGGGUGCCGACCAGAGAGCUGGCCUUCACAAUUUGAUGACCCAUUCCACGCCGACUCGCUGCAGGCAUUUUGGACGCACAAAUGGCAUGCGAGCUUUCGACGUAUCUUUCUCAUGGUCAGCGCUGCCAUUGUCGAUACAUCGCGGAUCUUCAUUCCCAACCGACGAGCACUCUCUGCCUUUCGCGGCUUGUGCAUUUUCUCCCUCUCCUGUCUUAUGCACCUCACGUUGACCUACCGUAUUCGUCCGCCAGGCGUCAACCCGGACCAAGUGCCCUUUUUCGACCGCGAGACUUUUCUCUUCUUCAUCCUGCAGCCGAUAGGAAUGUUGCUAGAGGUUUCACUCGUCCGUCCGUUCGCCAAAGGAUUUUUAGGCGAGAAAUCCAGAGGUGUGACCUGGUGUACGCGCGCGUUUGCGUGGAUGUGGCUACUCUGGACUGGUCGAUACUGGAGCGAUGUGUGGGUCAAGCACGGCCUGUGGGCACCCGCUCUCUCCACGAUGUCAAUUCCCGACACUGACACUUUUCCGCAUGCGACCGGUGAAGCUUGGAAGACGGUACAGGCGCGCUCGAAGGAACAGGACCUCGUAUUGUGGGGUAGCUGGUUUUGUCCCUUUGUUCAGCGAGUGUGGAUUGCAUUGGAGGAGAAAGGAACCCCAUAUCGCUAUCAUGAGGUGAACCCGUACAAGAAGGAGAAGGAGUUUCUUGCGAUAAACCCCCUCGGCUUGGUCCCAGCCGUUGAGAUCAAGGGCAAGGCGACGCUCUGGGAAUCUCUGGUUCUAUUAGAGUAUCUAGAAGACGCCUAUUCGCAUUCUUCUCAAUCUCUCUUACCUUCCGAUCCAAUUGGCCGUGCAAAGGCUCGCCUUUGGAUCGACCACAUCAGCAAGAAGAUUACUCCUGCGUUCUACACAUUUCUUCAGGCCCAAGAAAAAGAUAAACAAGACGCUGGUCGAGAUAAACUCCUCGACAGUCUACAGACGCUCAUUCGCGCCAUGGCACCUGCUUCCUCUGGACCUUAUUUCUUCGGGGAGCAGUUCUCACUGGUAGAUAUUGCCCUCGUACCUUGGGUCCUCCGCUUCCCGUCGGUCCUUAAAAAAUAUCGUGACUUUGAGCUACCGACGCAAGGUACAGAAGAGUGGGCUCGGUUCAAGGUGUGGGAGGAUGCUGCUGUUAACAGGGAGAGCGUCAAGAAGACCACAUCGGAAGAAGACAAGUAUUUUCAUGUUUACAAGCGCUAUGCGGAGAACACCACGCAGAGCGAGGUCGCAAAGGCGACUAGGGCGGGCAAGGCCCUUCCUUAG